AUGGGCCGUAACGAUCUUCCAACUCUAGCGUCCAUUCAAAGCCUGUUUGACAUGUGCGGCAGAGCAUUCAAGCCAACCACAGUAGGCAUUCUCGCCAUGCAAUUUGCAUUUGAAUAUUUAGUUACGACGGUUGCAGUCUAUCCACACCCAUGGCUUAAUAUCGCGGGCUAUACCCACUGCGAUAUUAAGCCAGAUAACAUCGUCACGGGUGCUGAAGUCACCGAUGAUCAGCGUCAAUGCAGACACCGCGGAGAAGAACAAAGUGCAAGAAGUGAUGUAGAAGCUCUCGGUUAUGAGAUGCUGUAUCUGCUUCGCGGAACGUUUGCCUUGGGAAGUCUGGUCGACUACUUUGAGGAUGGUGCAGAAGCUUGGUUUCAAAGAGAAGUCAAAGUAUGA